GUAGUUUCCGAUCAAUCAUUGUUGGCGUAUAGUUUAUGGUGAACAGAGAAAGGGCUCACGGCGGGCACGGCGGCACUUCGCGUGAAAUUGCAUGAUCUUUUACGUCUGACCCCCGUUCGGAGAUUCGAAUCUGCUCUCACAACCAUGUCAACUGGACCUACACAUAAACAUCGUUAUAAAAAUGUAGGAUUAGAUUCACAAGAAUUACGGAGACGCAGAGAAGAAGAGGGAGUUCAAUUAAGAAAACAAAAACGUGAGCAGCAAUUAUCAAAACGUCGAAAUGUUCCAAAUAUUGUUGCAGAUGAAGAUAAUGUUACAACUACGGACGAAUAUUCACUUCCUACAGCACAAUCGCAGUCUCCUGGUAUUAUAACAUCUGAGAUGGUAGAUGCGUUAUAUAGUCCUAACAUACAAGAUCAAUUGGCAGCAACACAGAAAUUUAGAAAAUUAUUAUCAAGAGAGCCAAAUCCUCCUAUAGAUGAGGUCAUACAAACGGGAAUUGUACCACAAUUUGUUGAAUUUCUUAAAAAUAACACAAAUUGCACUCUGCAGUUCGAAGCAGCAUGGGCUCUGACAAACAUAGCAAGUGGUACAUCUCAACAAACACGCAUUGUGAUAGAUGCUGGAGCUGUUCCUACUUUCAUAGCUUUACUUGGUUCUGAAUAUGAAGAUGUACAGGAACAAGCUGUUUGGGCAUUGGGUAAUAUUGCAGGAGAUAGUCCUGAAUGCAGAGAUCAUGUCUUAGCCAAUGGUAUCCUCACGCCACUUCUACAACUGCUCUCAAAGGCAUCACGGCUUUCUAUGACUCGCAAUGCGGUAUGGGCGUUAUCAAAUCUCUGUCGAGGAAAAAAUCCAGCACCAGCUUUUGCAAAAGUUGCACCAUGUUUACCAGUGUUAGCACAUCUUCUCAAUCAUACUGACUUUGAUGUGCUUGCUGAUGCUUGUUGGGCUCUUUCUUACUUGAGCGACGGUCCAAAUGACAAAAUACAAGCUGUUAUUGAUGCUGGCGUUUGCAGGCGUCUUGUAGAACUUCUCAUGCAUGAACAAAAUAACGUAAUAAGCGCGGCUCUUCGUGCUGUAGGAAAUAUAGUUACGGGAGAUGAUGUGCAAACGCAAGUUGUGUUAAAUUGCUCGGCAUUACCGUGUCUAUUACAUCUCUUAAGUUCACCACGGGAAAGUGUUCGUAAAGAGGCUUGCUGGACAGUCUCUAAUAUCACUGCCGGUAAUCCCCAACAAAUACAAGCAGUGAUUGAUGCUAAUAUCUUUCCGGUUUUAAUUGAGAUUUUGAGCAAAGCUGAAUUUAAAACACGUAAAGAGGCUGCAUGGGCAAUUACAAAUGCUACUAGUGGCGGAACGGCCGAUCAAAUUCGAUAUCUCGCAAUGCAGGGAUGUAUUCCGCCGCUCUGCGAUUUGCUUACUGUUAUGGACGUCAAGAUCGUUCAAGUCGCUUUGAACGGAAUAGAAAACAUUUUACGUCUGGGAGAACAAGAUGCAACUGUGCAUAAUGGUCUCAAUCCUUACGCAGUUCUUAUUGAAGAAUGUUAUGGCCUAGACAAAAUAGAAUUCUUGCAAUCUCACCAAAAUAUGGAUAUUUAUCAAAAGGCCUUUGAUAUUAUCGAACGAUAUUUUGGGUCUGAAGAAGAGGAUACCAGGCUUGUACCUUCAAUCGAUUCGCAAGGAGCAGAAUAUCAAUUCUCCGCACCAGAUUCUUCCCAACUACCAGUGCAAGGCUUUGAAUUCUAAUCAACUAUUUUUUAAUUUCUGAAUAUAACUCUGUUUCGUUGAAUGUGUUAACGUUAUUCAUUCUACAGGGAUUUAUAAUAUUCUGAAAAUCGGAACAUCAAUAGUAAACACAUGAUUUUAUAUAAUCACUCAUAUAAUUAGAGUUUAUUUGUGUCAAAACAAUUACUACUAGCACCACUACAUUCGAAAAUUAUCUAUUCUUCAUUGAAUUAAAAACAGUAAAAAAAACUUCAUACAUUUUUAGUUCUCAUUUUGUUUCUCAUUAUUUAGGAUGAACCAUAACUUACUAUGUGUUACUAUCUAAAGUAAUUAUGUUUUCGAACCUACGUCAAAUUGCGACAAUGUCUGCGUUAGAGCCUUGAAACAAUUUGUGUAGGAACAUACAGACUCAUACCUGCAUGUAUUUAGUAUGAGGCGUUCAGUUUUUGAAACGUAAACGUCUUAGUGCUUAAGUAGAAGUGGAGACAAUGAUCAGAACAAUUUGUCGAGGCAGGCUCAUACCUCGUCUGACAUGUGACUGACGCAGAAUUACGAAAAAAAAGACUUGCAUUAUCCUGCAAGACGCUAACUGAAUGACUGAAGUACGCGACUACGUAGCCAACACGGACAACAUUACGCAACGCGGUACUCACCUCCUUACUAUACUAGAUAGAAACAUGACCAAUUAAACUUUUUUACUGUAAAUACGUAUCUCGUAAUUUUAAGGCUAUUCUAUACAGAGUGCCCUUAAACGAAGCAAUAGUCUUAUUAUCUGGCCAUCAAUGCAACGUUGCAAGAGUUUGCAAGAAUUGGUUGGAAGUAUUUGUUGUAAUUUGUGAUACUCAAGCAUGAUUUGUAUGUGCAAAACAUGCUUUGGUUUUCUUAUGUUAAAUAAUUAUGCGGAUUGCCGACUCCAGUUAUUACAUCUAUACUUUUGUUAAUUGAAUAUCACGCGAUUAAAUUACUAGUUAUUCUUAAUUAUAAAUACUUACAGAUGUAUUGAAUAAGUCAUUUUUAUCUUAUGUUUUAUAAUUAAAUUUUUGAACUAUCAGAGAAGUGAAAUUUUUCAACCCUUUAUUUACUUAUGAUAAAAAUUAAUGGUAUUGAAAUUGUACAGCACACAUUAGAUUUUGGACAUUCUGUAUGAAAAGUCUGUGACUGUAUAUAUGAAAAAAAGUGUAUUUAUUAUUUAGGUUUGACGAUACCAUACUAUAUUAUACAAACCCUAUUAUAUACUAUCUACUUUUAGUUACCGAUUUGAAUUAUUACGACGGAGAACGACUAUUACAGUUCACUAGUUGAAAACUUUGCUAAUGUAUCACUUUAGCAAAGUAUGCAGCUAUGGAUACUUGUUGCCAAUUUAUAAAAUGCUUACCAAAUAAUAUAGUAAAACCUGAACAUAAAAGAGAAUUUGCCAUUGUGUUGUACACGCAUUAUAUUGUGCAUAUUUUUAAAUGAAAUUUGGAAUUUAUAAAUCGUAUACAAUGGGGGUGAAACCAUUAUAUACACAAACACACACAUACACACACAUUUUUUUUACAUGAAAUAUAUAAAAAUUGAAAAUAAAUCAGUGUUUUUCAGCUAUUAUAAUUAUAAUCUUUAGGUGUAUUAUGAAAUGUUUAACAAUAUUUUUCUACUUACAAUCAUACUUUAAUCGAGAUAAAUUUUAUUUAUUAUUUUCAUAUUAAUAUUAAUAAAGCAAAUGUUACUAUUUGUUUAAUACGCAGAUAAGCUCGUAUAAAUAUUUUUUUUUAUUGCAAAGUUUUUCUACUUAAUAUUUCAUUACUUAAAGAGAUUGAAAAGCACUGGUUUAAAUAAUCGAAAUUUUUUUUUGUUUCAAGGGUGUAAUAAGAAACACAUUUCAGAACAUUUAUUAAAACAAAGCUAUAUAGACAUGCAUGUUAAAGCUUCACAAUUAUUUUAAGUUUUUCUUUAUUUGCUUUUAGAAAAUAGUGAAAAGGAUAUAUAUUUCAAUUAGUACAUGUGAAACGAUAUACUAAAAAGCAUUAGGUGAUAUUCACAGUUUGAUCUUAUAUUCAAGAGAUAAGUCUUAAAUAGAAUCAUUUCAUUGGUACCACAGAGUCAAACUCUCCAUAACUCAAGAUAAUCCUGAAUAUAAGAUGCUUUAUGAAUACCAACUAUUGAAUAGGUAUCAGAAAACCAAUGAUCUUUUAUCUAAAUUACAUGAAAAAAUCUAUGAAAAUUUUAAAAUCUUUUAUUCAAGACAGACAAAUAUCCGGCGCCCAAUUCGAGGAACUAAAAAAUGUAUAUAAAAUUACCUAAGUCGACCUCGGAAAUUUAUUAUUUAAGCACUAAAAUCCGAUUUUAUCCGAAUUGUUGGCCAAUUAUUGAUUUAAACAUGUUAUAAAAUUUUAUUUAAUGUGUAUCGUUCAUUGUAAGCAAUUUAUAUAAAUGUUAAAAAAUAAUUUAUUAUUUUCAUAAAAUUUUGUAUGUGUAAUAUACAAUAUCAUAUUUUGUAUAUGUAACAGUAAUUUUUGUUAACAUUUUGCUAUUUUAUUAUAAAUAUCCUGAAUGAUUAAACUAAAUAAUGUAAAAGAUCUUGUAAAUUGGCAAUGAGCAGGAUACGACACUCGACAUUACUUCAAUCGUUGUAUGGACUGCCGACUGACACAUUAAUACGAAAUCGAAUAUCAUACACAUACACAAAAUAAUUAUAAUUAUUGUAUUUUAUUUUGAAGCUAAAUAAAUAUGUCAUUCGGAAAUAUGCGUGAAAUCGCUACGUACAACAGUGUCGUUAUAUUUUUCGAAAAUAGAAAUAUGAAAUUGUGAUUAGAAAAAACUCGCUAAAAAUAAAAUUUAUUUCGUGUAACAUUGGCAUAACAAAAUAAAGUUAAAUUAACAGAUU